CCUGCGCGCACCCGGGGUCGCCAAAGGGCGGAGUCGCCGGUGCGCCUGUCUCCCGAGGACCGCUCCGCCCCGUUUCCCCGGCCAAAGGCCGCCCGAGAGAAGGAUCCCGAUGGCCGGCGAGGAAGGAGGCAGCUCGGGCUCGUCUCCGGCGGCGGAGCCCAGUCCCGGCGGCGGAGAAGCUGGCGCGGCUGGCGGAGAGGGCGCUGGAGGCAGCGGCGGUGGUGGCGCUGCCUACGACGCCAAGUGCGUUUUCUGCCGGAUCACGCACGGAGAGGAGGCGGGCACGGAGCUGCUGCCUUGCGAGGAUGAAGACUUGGUGUGCUUUAGAGAUAUCAGGCCUGGAGCUCCACAUCAUUAUUUAGUGGUGCCAAAAAACCAUAUAGGAAAUUGCAAGACUCUAAAGAGUGAGCAUAUACCAUUAGUGGAAAGAAUGAUGGCAGCUGGAAAGACUGUCCUUCAGCGAAAUAAAUUUAAUGACUUGAAUGAUAUAAGGUUGGGUUUUCACUGGCCUCCGUUCUGCUCUAUAGCCCAUUUACAUCUUCAUGUCCUAGCUCCAGCUAGUCAGUUGGGAUUCUUGUCCCGAAUGGUUUACAGAAUCAAUUCCUACUGGUUUAUAACAGCUGAGCAACUCUUGGAACGGCUGAAGGCUGAAAGUGCUACUAUCUGAAAAGCACCUGUUCCAGUUCAUACAUCUCUGUGAACUGUGACCACUGAUUAUAGGGUUGGAUGUAAUUCUUAAUAUGCCAGGUGUUUGAAAAAUAGCACUUGAAUCUGCUGCUAUACAAUGGUUGAACUCAUCAUUAAAGAACAUUGUACAAUACAUGUCUCAGGCAAAUACCUGAAAAAACAGCACUUUCGAGAACAUCCAUAUCGACCAAUCGGAAAGUAAAAAUACCUAUCCUUCUCCGAAAGAAAAUACUGAUCUUGUAAAAAAAAAAAGAUACAGUAUAAUUAAAGUUUAAUAUAUGCCUUUGGGUUUGACUGUUCUUUGUCUAAACAAUGCAAGAAGUUUGUGCCUAUACAACACAUUAGUGACAUUUUUGGCAUUGCAAUGCUAGUGAUAGCAAUGAUGUCUUGGUGCUAAAUCACUUAUCACACACAUGUACAUGACUGUAUGCACAGCAAGAUAUCUUAACAAGCCAUUGGGACCAGAGUAUGUCUUCCAUCUGUACUUAUCAUGUGAGACAUCACACCAUUAGUAUAUUGGUCUAGGAUAAGAUUGUUUGAAUGUGUACCACUGUAAACAAUUGUAACCAGUUAAAUGCAUGUAAUUAAGAUUAGCUAGAAGGUGAAUUGCAGUGCAAGUUUACAUAAAGGAAUUGUUUCUUUUUACUUUGUUACUAGUGAAAGGUAUCCGAUGUACGAAGUAUAAGAGGCUUAUGCUGGAACUAAACUUGUAACCAUAACUAUAGCUUUGGAUAUUUGGGAAAUCUUAAGCAUGUUGGGAGGCAUUGCCUACUGUGGGAAACUACCACUAUGCAGACAGACCUUGGAAUGGUUAUUUCUUAGUAUUUAUACAAUAGUUAAGUACCCAGAACAUCUUACAACAAAGAGUUUGUCAAUAUGUGAAUUCAUGAAUGUCACCUGGUUGUUUUCUUUGAAAUCAAACAUAAAACACUAAACCCAUUCUUAAGGGUAGAUUAUCCAAAUCUGUUUAUCAAAUUUUAGAGGGAUAUACAUUAUUCACAAAUGUCCCAUGUUGACUACCUAAAGCCUUCAUCCAAGCACUCAUCAGAGUUGCUUAUAUAGCAUACUGCUUGUCCACCUUACAUGACCACAACAUUAACUAAGUCCUCUCUUCCAACAAAAAAUAUCUUGUUCUUAGUCUACCUCCACAGCCUUAAUGUCAAGACUGCAGAUGCUUUUAAGACUUGGCAUAGAAUGGCUUCUAGAGAACAUUUCAAAUCUAAUUGGAUUUCUUACUGAAAAAUUAACUUGAACAAGCACUUGCUGAAAUUGUGCAGUACCUACUGCAUUACUAAAGCAACAUCCAAUUAUUUAGCACAGUUUUGCAUCAUAGUAGUGUUCAAAGUAUGCCAAAAUACAAUAACCCUUUGUGUUCCUUUAUGGCUUUAGCAUUUUAAUCCUCGUAUUUAUUGGCGAUGGCAUGUAUUCAUUUUGAUACUUCGAGUCUGGAUUCUAACUACUGUUGUUAAAAUAAUCAACAAACGUCUUCCUUUAGUGGAGUAAUAGUUAUAUUUAUACCAUGUUGAAAUGUGUUAUGUAUGAAAAGCAGUUGUGAUUGUGAGUUUAUGUACCAUUGGAAACAUUACAGCAACAUUAAUACUGUUUGAAAAAGAAGCUAAUAAAAAUCAAGGUGUAGAGAUGAACCUCUUGAAUGUUAUUGUAUCAGAAUUUGAGAAUAUUGUUUGUGAACUGGUACCUUUAUAUUUCAACAUCUCAGGAACUCUAUGUAUGAUAAACCUGCCAUCUAGUCAAACAACGUAACAUUAGUUAUAAUCUGAAAACAUUUUGCCAAACUCAUUUGAAUGUUUAUAGUCUAUUUCUAAAAUCAAACUUUUAAGAAUUAGCUUUUCGGCAUGAAUUUGAAACUAGCUACUCUACUUUUCCAAAGUUUGUAAUGUUAAAAACAUCCAUUUUGGAGUGGAAAAUGUUGCUAACUGCAAAGUAAGAAAUACUUUUAGAAUAUCAGUGAUGGUACAAAAACACUUACCCCAAGAAAAUCCUAAAUAUUUUUAAUCACAUCACUUCCAUUUUUUAGCAUCUACAUUUCCAUUGCCAUGACUCUUGUGAAAUACAUCCACGUUGCAGCCAAACAGAUUUCCAGUUCACGUACACUCAGAAGAGUUACCACUCUGUUGUCUUAUAAUACACCCUCAUCACUUACAAUGUAUAGGCAAUGACCAUGGAGGGGGGAAAACAUGACAGGUACCGUAAGCCUGCAACUUGCAUGGGGAUCGCACCUAAAGCCAAAAUCGUGUAUACUGUAUUUAAAACACUGGAUUCAACGGUGGGUGGAAUUGCUGAAGACAUUUCUCCCAUAACCCCACCUCCUAUCCAUUUUAUUUUUUAAAUUUUCACACAUGUGAAAGUGCAUGGACACAAGUUAAAUAUGUAUAACUUCUACUUCAUUUUUGUUUUUAACCUGUUUCCACCAGAUAGCAUUUUCUUCAUCACAUCCUGGCCAGCCAACAUGAUUGAUUAAGGCUUUUAAAGGAGUUGCCAAAUGCAAUCAUGCAAUCAUGGAAAUCCAACCAUCUCAUUCAAGUAAGGUGAUAACUACAUCAUCAUCUUUUCCUUGCCAAAGCAUUUCGCCUUCAAAAUCAACGAGUCCAUGCUUCCUUGCCCUCAGUAGGACACCUACUACUUUGUUGGAUAUAGUUACAUAUCUGUCAAAGAGCUGUUUAAAUGUUAUUCUUACUUGUCCAUCGUGCCCUCUCUCUCCAACACUACGUAUGACCAAGCAUAAUUCUUCCACUUCGUUGCCUAUGUGUGUGUGAGCUUCCUUUCCUCUUCGUUCUGUUUUGGAGCCUUCGGGGGGCCUCCCAUAGGUGGGAUCUCCUCUCUCAGUACGCCGAGUUACUGGCUUGUUGCUGCUGAAGGGGUUCUGUCUCUGAUAAUCAGCAUGAACCUCCAACCAGCUCUGCCAGCCUCGUGUCAGUUCUCCCACAGAGCUAAGAUCACUUCUUACUGCUUUGGUACUCUGCAUUUUGCUUCCAUGUACUGAGGCUGUGACAUAACAAAAAGCAGAGCUCUGAAAUUGCAAAAAAACAAAAAACGCACACAUUUAUUUUAGCCAAAAUUCGUAUAC